GCGAUCCGGCAUGGCGGAGGCGCAGCAGGUGCGGGUGCAAGAGGCCAUCGACGGCAUGGUGCAGGGCCUAGAAAGAGAGUCCAUCCGGAAGAUGCAGGGAAUCAUGUUCAGGUGCAGCGCUGCCUGUUGUGAGAACCCUAAGGCUUCCAUGCAGCAGGUCCACCAGUGCAUCGAGCGCUGCCACACUCCCUUGGCACAAGCACAAGCCAUUGUCACUCAGGAGCUGGAGAGGUUUCAGGAUCGCCUCUCUCGCUGCACAAUGUACUGCAAUGACAAAGCUAAGGACUCUAUGGAUACGGGGAGUAAAGAACAGCAGAUCAAGGCGCAGCUGGAAAACUGUGUGACAAAGUGCGUGGACGACCAUGUCCACCUCAUCCCCAGCAUGAGCAAGAAGAUGAAGGAGACUUUGGCUGCCAUUGCUCAGUAAACUUGCUGCCAUUGCAGCAGGAGGGCAAAGGGUCACCCAUAAACAAAACAAAAAAACUUGAGAUGGGUGCAACAACUGGGGAUUUGGAAAUGA